CGGUCCCUAAUCUUGAGAAGACUUUACAGAAACGGGUCUAGCACAUUUAGCUACUGCAUAUUACGGCCUAGUCACGUAAUUCACAGUAGUGUGUUAUAAGCAUAUAGGAAAGUUGUUCAGUGUAGGCUAAAAACACUGAUGGAUCUUUUUCUGUCUUACAGGGUUGUCAUUCGCUCAGCCACCAUUCAUAAUCAUACAUUCUGCAAGGGUUUACCUGCCUCUCUUCACCUUCUUCGGUCAGUUUAUCAUGCUGAUUGUUCUGCUGAUCAUCCAAAAGUUCAUGAAGGAAUGUCCGAAAGAGUCAGCUCUGUUAUCGAUGGGGAUACCGAUCUUACCUAUCGGCCUUGUCACCAUGGUCCACCAGUUGGCUUUUGGCAGUUUCGGGUUUGUUGCGGUCUUUUUUGUCAUGCUUGGAGCUGUCAAUGUGCUGUCUAAAGUGAUGAUACAGCUAGCAUUGGUCCACGCCACUGGUAGAAGCAACUUGAAACUGGCCCUCCCAGUGCUGGGCUGCUUUGAGGAGAUGGGGGGUCUUAUCGGCAACUCCAUCAUGGCAAAAUUCAUACAAGAAACAUCUUUAGCGAAUGGAGGCUUAUAUUUUGCUGGAGUGUCCCUGUACCUUACGGGAGUUGGUGCCAUCGCUGCAUGGGGGCUGAUGAAACGAUGGCCCAAUCUGAGUGAUGAGGCUGUCGAGAACACCGGCGAGGAGUGAGAUCAUCCUGGUGUGGAGGAGACAGAUGACCGUGUGGAAGACCUUGGCGCGAGGAAUGCGGCAGAGGAUCCUGGCAAUUGAUGCACCUGUAAAAGAAUAACCUGGUGUUGCACGAUUUGUUUUCCGAUAGAAACACUGAUUUGCUCGUGAACUGCACAAUUAUUAUAACUAUAUCACGGAUCAAAAGGAAAACAACACUGGUGACAGUGUCGAAAAUAGCAACGCCAGUAUUAUUUUCCCAUAUACUUAUAAGACUACAGUGAAAACGAGAAACUAUGAUAUUGACCUUUCAAUGUAUUUUGUUGUUUUCCGGCUGCGUUGAUGGUUGUGGCUAUAAUAAACAAACAUAUCUGCCAAAACUUGUUUGAAAUGGUUUGUAACUGUAAGCCCUAUGAGUAUCUAGAGCGUUUUUGUGUACAUAUGCUCAACGUCACUGGCAUUUUGUACUGUAAAUACCACUUUGAAUGUUUGAAUAUUAUUACCAAUUUUCUGGCUUGAAACUAUUGUCGUCUUACUUUUUCAGAAGCUCUUUUGAUACAUUGUAUCGGGAACGUAGUCAUGCUAUUUUGUGCUUGAGUUCAUGUCAGAAAGGAAAAUAUUCAGUGUUAUAAUUUUUGUCUGAUGCUGAGCCACCUUAGAUAUUUUGCC